AUGGCCAACAAAAGCACCGAAAAGAGCAUGGGAGCCAGCAUCGAGCACCGAAGAAGCUCUGUUGGCAGCGAUAAGGAAUUUCUCUCGGAUACCAUGUCCUCUGGGUGGGGGUCUGAUGCCGGGAGUACCCACGGCGGUGGCGACGAGGAACGCGCCGACUACGCGGCCCCUGUGGUUGCCGCCAAGGAAGAAAAGUUGGUCCUGUACUCCAAGAUUGCUGUGGUCUUGGUCUUGUUGGCCGCUGUGGCGGGCAUGGCAGCAGGUGUCUACCAGUUGGUCAGCAGUCAGGAGAAGCAAGAGUUUGAAGCUAGGUUUGAGAACUGGGCCUCGGAAGUGAUUGCCAUUUCCGGAGAUCAUGUCUCAACGACCUUUGAGACCAUUGAGCAGUUUGCUCUGACUGUUUCGUCCCAUGCCAGAUCCAUGAAUGAAGUAUGGCCCAACGUGACCGUUGAUGACUUUCCCUUGAAAGCUAGCAGGCUCAACAGGUUGACAGGGCACCAUGCAGUCACCUUGCUCACUCUAGUCAGCCAGGAAAACAAGCUAGGAUGGGAAGCUUAUGCCAGGGAACGGGCCCAUGACCUCGUCCAAGAAGAUUUGGAGUUUUACGGACACGCCAAUGAGACCUGGGGAGCUGACAAUCUCACCAUCUACGAAGAAAUCAUGGUCCGCAACGGUUCCGGCGGAGUGCUUCUUCCGGUGGGAAACAAUGACACAGGAAACACCCUUCCGCACUGGCAAAAGUCCCCCGUCGACCCCAAACGAGCUGAUGCCUUUCCCUUUGUCAGUGUGCUGGGAAAUUCUCGUAUUCGGAGUGGGUUUGAAACGAGCAACGUGACCGGAAUUGCCUCAAUUGCAUUCUUCUUUGGACGUAACGUAGGCUUUCAAAGUCAAGUCAUUCAACCCAUUUUUGAUCAAGUCACCCACGGUAAGAUGGUUGGAGCCCUUUGGUCCCUUGGUGAAUGGGGCCUCUACUUUCAAAACUUGGUCAAUGUCCCUGCAACCCUCUUUGUGGUGGUUGAGAGCAGCUGUGGCUUUGUUUCCACUUUUGCCCUUGAAGGAUUGGAAGCCGAAUUGUUGGGUUUGGAAGACAUGCAUGAUCCAGCCUAUGAUGACAUGGUAGUUACAGGAGAACUCUUCACUCCAGUCUAUGACAGGACCAAACCAAUGCCAGAAGAUGUUUGUGUCGACGAUCUUGUCUUGAAGAUCUAUCCUUCCUCGAGCUUGGAAAGCACUUUUGUCACCUAUACUCCCUUGAUGUAUGCUGGAGCCGUCGUUCUGAUCUUUGCCAUUACCAGUCUCAUCUUUGUCCUCUACGACCAAAUGGUCCGCAGACGCCAAGUCAAGGUCAUGCAACGGUUGAUUCGCGAAGACAAGAUUGUUUCCAGCCUCUUUCCGUCGCAGAUCCGGGCGCGCAUGUACCAAGAUCACUCGGGCUCGAACGAUGAUGAUGCUCGCUCUUUGGUGUCCAAGCGACAUGUGGAGAUGUUCAAUGAAGACCUAGAGAACCCCGAGACCUUCAAGAGUGCUCCCUUGGCGGACCUUUUCGUAAAUACGACCAUCAUGUUUGCGGACAUUGCGGGAUUUACUGCGUGGUCCAGUGCAAAGGAUCCAAUUCUCGUCUUUAUGCUUUUGGAAACUAUCUACUCGGCAUUUGAUAAGCUUGCCAACAGAUACGGUGUUUUCAAGGUCGAAACAGUGGGCGAUUGCUAUGUUGCCGCCGCUGGCGUCCCUGACCCCCGUAAUGAUCACCCUGUCAUCAUGGCAAGGUUUGCGAGAGCCUGCAUGAUGAAGAUGAAGACGGUAACACAAAAGCUUGAAGUCACGCUUGGUCCGGAUACUGGAGAUCUCUCAUUGAGAGUAGGGCUUCACAGUGGUCAAUGUACUGCAGGAGUAUUGAGAGGCGAUAAGGCACGCUAUCAGAUCUUUGGAGAUACGGUCAAUACAGCCUCGCGAAUCGAGACCUCCAGCAUCCCUGGCAAAAUUCAUAUUUCCGACUUCACAGCUGAGCUUCUGAAGAAGGCCGGCAAGGGCAAAUGGUUGGUUCCCAGGGCAGAAAAAAUACCUCUUGCUGGCAAAGGUGACAUGCAGACCUUCUGGUUGCUGGUGAACAAGUAUCAAAAUAGAGAAAGUGCCAAGAAACCAAUGGGCGAGGCCAUGAUGGCAAUCGACGAAGCUUCGGAGGGCGAUGCCAGUCUCAGGGAGAUGGAAGAGCAGGAAACAUCUGGGGACACCAUGACGAAGAUGGAGCGGCUUGUGGAAUGGAACACGGAUGUACUCUGUCAGUUGCUUCGGCAAAUUCUGGCCUGCCGCACUGCGGCACCAGUGUCUGCUGAAAAGUUGGAGAAGACGAUUGGCAAGGGCCAAACCGUGUUGGAAGAAUUCCAAGCAAUCGUCACUUUGCCCAAGUAUUCGCGUGAGGAAAUGGCAAAGCGAAAAGGUCUGAAAGAAGUUGACAUUGCCCCUGUCGUCGUUGACCAACUGCGUGACUUUAUCACCAAAGUAGCGGGGAUGUAUCGCACCAACAGCUUUCACAACUUUGAACAUGCAAGCCACGUCGUGGCGUCUGUGCGAAAACUCCUCACGAGGAUCGUUGCGAGCAACUCUGGCGGUGAAGGCCUCGGAGUCGAUGCUGGGCAUUCUUUCGGGAUAACCGCCGAUCCUCUAACUCAGUUCGCGGUUGUCUUCUCCGCGGUAAUCCAUGAUGCUGAUCACCCUGGCAUCCCCAACACACAGAUGAUCAAGGAGGGGAACCCCCUAGCAUCAAUGUACAAAGAAAAGAGUGUGGCUGAACAGAAUUCGGUCGAUUUGUGCUGGGAUUUGUUGAUGAAACCUGAGUACAAGGACUUGCGCAAGGCUAUCUAUGGCAACCCUGAGCAACUACAGAGAUUCAGGCAGCUCGUGGUCAACACGGUCAUGGCAACUGAUAUUGUGGACAAAGAACUCCAGGCGUUGAGAAAGAAUCGUUGGAAUGAGGCCUUCUCCGAGAAGGCCCUGGGCGACAAAAGCGACCGCGACCUCGAGGUCGAUAGAAAGGCCACCAUUGUGAUUGAGCAUCUAAUUCAAGCCUCCGACGUGUCUCACACAAUGCAACAUUGGAAGAUCUAUCUCCAGUGGAACGAGCGGUUCUUCUCUGAACUGUACAGGGCCUACAAAGAAGGACGCGCAGCUCAGGAUCCAUCCAUCGCAUGGUACAAGGGGGAGAUUGGAUUUUUUGACUUCUACAUCAUUCCCUUGGCUAAGAAGCUGGAGAACUGUGGUGUCUUUGGCGUUUCCAGCCAUGAAUACUUGAACUACGCCCAGGCCAACCGAGACGAAUGGGUUCGCAAAGGGGAGGAUGUUGUGGCAGGAUAUUUGGAAAAGUAUGCUGAGAGUACUAAGGAAGAGAUGGGGCUUGCUGAUGUGUUCGCGGACGAAGCGGAGAAUCCCCUGGAGAUUGAAGUGUAG